AUGAAGAGAUGGGACGGCGCUGCCAGGUCUUGCUACGAAUGGGACGGACUGCACAAGGACCCGGACCUGUGGCUUCGUGGAGGUGACUGUCUGGUCUAUCUGUACGGCCAAGGACAAUCGCAAAGAGGACCAUCCUUCCAAAUCUGCUUCAAGGAGCUCGUUCGCCAAAAAUGCAGGCCAUUCAUCGAGCGAUUCGCGAUCAGCGACGGCGCACCUCUACCCAGAAAUGCGCGACAGCUCGAGGGAUGGGCGGCUACCGCAUCACGACCGAUCAAGCUCUACAUACCGCCGCCCAACAAGGCCACGAGAGGGCAGGCAUUUGCGUACCACAUUGCGACGAGGAACUUUUUAGCAUGGGUAUUUCGACAGUCCCUGGUGGGCGAGCAUUUAGGCUCUGCUAUUGUCGGGCUCAUGUGUAGCAUGCACGAGUUCCGGUCCGACGACGUGGAAGACCAUGCUGCCGACGUGCACGCCUAUCUGGACGAAGAGGGCUAUCUCAACUUGGUCAGCCAGCCCAACCACGCGCUCGGGCUGCUCUACUACGCGGAGACAUUUCGCAUCCGGGACACGUACGUUCGAGCGCUGGCUCACUGCGUGGGCAUGAGUGACCGGCUGCACGCGUGUCCAGGAUACCCCGCCCUAUCACUAGCCACAAAGAAUACGAUUCGACAAAGUAAAGUAAGCCUGGACGACCGCCAGUCAGCAGCUACGGACAUGCUCAGCGAUCUGCUGGACGAGGAGCUCUCCGAGGCCCAGCUGGGGAUACCAGCCGCCCUGCGAGCCCAUCUGGAGCGGUUCCGCAGCUAUCUCAUGUCCAUGUACACCAACCGUCUCGGAUACUAUCCCCCUCGGGCCUUUGACUCGCAUCUCUGCCGCACGAUGCGGGACGAGUUCGAGUCGCUGUACCACCUCUUGGUGGACUACGCCCAUCCCGCCGCUGGCGGGCUGCCCUCGGUGGCCAGCGGCGGCCUCUGCACCCUGCAGCUCGUCAACACCUUUGACACGAGCAACCGCUACGCGCCUCUCGACCAUCCACUACCCCUCCUGCCGGACGUUGCGGCCGGGGGUGCCUCCAAGUUCACACCCUGGAGGGCGCGCGCGGACAGGAUGCGCCCGGAGAAGAAGCUGCUCGCCCAUGCCGCGCUCUUGAAAGCCUCCCACGGGCACGAGGCGGCGCCCAGCAACGAGCUCGUGCGCGCGUACCGCACCUUUGAGGAGGAGUCGGUCUUCUCACCCCACAAGGCGGACAAGCUGGACAAGGUGUCCCUUGUGGACGGUCGCAAGGUUCGGUGGAUCCUGGUGUAUGCCGUGUACCAGGUCCUGCUCAGUAUCACCAAUGUCCCGCCCGAGGUGUACGACGCGGCGGAGGCACCGUACCACCUCGCGAUUGGCACCCAUGUGGACGAUCUCGUGCCUUGGGCGGGCACGGAGGCGCCUAUCCUGGGCGGAUUGUCCGAACAGAAAGAGCAGGGUGUUGCAACGGACAACACACAACCAAUACGGUGGGCGGACUCGGCUGGCGUUACACUGGUAGAUGAUGUCGAAAGGAUCGAGAUCAAGCCCGACAUUGACUAUCUCGCACUUAACCAUCGCGAGACCCAGGCUUUGCAUGAGAGGAAUCAUGUGGGCCAGUCGAUGAGCACGGGGACGUUGGCGCGGGCGAGCUCUGUUAAGAACCGGCUCAGCAGGAACUCGACUGUGCGGCGGUCGCUGCGGAUGUUCAGACCUUCGUCCACGGGACAGUCUGUCGAUGGCCCCUCGUCGUCAUCGACGAUGACGUCGUCGCCCAAGCCCACGUAUCACGAGAUCAUGGUGCAAGGCUACGGCAACGGUCUCAACCGCGUCAGCAGUCCCUGCGACGCAUGGCAUCGCAGCAACUCGACAGCAUCAAAGGCAUCCACCAGCGACUCGGUGCCAGGCAGCACGAACAGCGGCGACACUGUAGAGUCGUCCCUCGUCACGCCGACGUCGGAACCCGGACAUUUCGACCUUGCCCUCGAUGGAGGGCAGCCCAGGCCCGAUCCGCGCGGGCGCCAGGUCGUGUCGAUGGUCGUUGAUCCGUCGGACAUGAUGUCAUUCGCCAGUGGACUGCGUCGCACAGGAAGCUUAUUGUGGCCGGCGAGGCGAGGCCCCGAGGUGAAGCAGCCGCCUUUGCACACGCCCGGGCAGACGGACAGGAGACGGAUCUCGCAGCCCCAAAUCGCUGUGCAGGAUGACUGGGCUGCCAUGCAAGCUUUCAUGGACGGCGUGGACACGCGACAAGACGACGCGUGGGAGCAGUACGCCUCGAUUGGCGGACUGACGGAGAUGCGAUGA